GAUGGUUUUGGAUUUCGUACUUUGGUUUCAUUUUAUAUUAACAUUUUCACGCAGAAGAGCUUAUCUUUUAAAAAAUGAAGAAAUGUGAACUAUGCGGAGGGAUAGCUCGAAUGCACUGCGAAUCGGAUCAGGCAAACCUAUGUUGGGACUGCGACGUCAAGGUUCAUGAAGCUAACUUUCUUGUAGCUAAGCACACCCGAACCCUCCUCUGCCAUGUCUGUCAAAACCCAACUCCAUGGCUCGCCUCUGGUCAACACCUCAGCCCUGCUGUCUCCGUUUGUGAGUCAUGUGUAGCCAACAAAAAUACUACUUGCGAAAUGACGACGGAGCAGGAGGAGUCAUCGGAGGGAGAGUAUGAGGAUGAAGAAGAAGAUUAUGACGACGAUGAUGAUGAAGGAGAAGGAGGGGAAGAGGAAGAUGAUGCUGAAAAUCAAGUGGUUCCAUGGUCAGAGGUUUCUUCUUCUUUCUCGAUGUCAAAGCCGGCGGCUAGUUCAGAUUCUUUAAGUAGCAGUGAAUGCGGCUUGAAGAGGAUGAAAGAAAGUCCUAGUUUUUGUUCUGAGGAUGAGAUUGGGUGCUCCUCAUCUCAUGGAGAAGCAUCAUCAUCAAUGAGCUCAACAAGAUUAUUCAAGCUACCAAGAUUAGCUGAAGGUAAUCAUUCGGGUAGAAAUCAAGAUCAUGGUGACUCAGAGUCGGGAUCAACGGCUAUCAUCAGCUCUUUAAGAAGACUGCAAAAACACAUGAUCACCAAUGAUGAUGAUGCAUCAAGUAUAAUCAGUGGGAUCUGCAGGUUGAGCCGAGAUCAGAGCCGUUAGGUUUCACUUCCCUCUAAUUCUCUCAUUAUAUAUCCUAACUUGCAGAAUACAAAAAAAAUUUCGCCUUUUUCUUUUGGAAAAUGUUUCAAUUUUAUGACAGAAUAAUUUAUUUUCCUUCUUUGGUUUGUGGUGCCUAUUUCUUCAUUGUUGAAAUUGAUGGAAUUUUAAUAUAAUAAUUAUUUUAUAAACAUUAGUUAGUUUAAUUUUUAA